AUCUUCGCCGCCAUCAUUGUUAGUGGCAGUGAAGCCUGCGCGGAGGACGAGGAGAAGCACCAGCGGAGCUUCGUGGAGUAUCGGUCUGAGUUUCAGUGAGUGUUGUCCGGGCAGCAGCCAUGGUUCAGACGUGCUCAGCGUACGGCUGUAAGAACCGCUACCACAAAGACAGAGACAUCUCCUUCCACAAGUUUCCUCUAGCACGUCCAGAUGUUUGCGGCAAAUGGGUGGCAGCGAUGAGGAGGAACAACUUCAAGCCCACAAAGUACAGCAACAUCUGCUCACAGCACUUCACCAAAGACUGCUUCAAGAGAGAGUGCAACAACCGAGUGCUGAAGGAGAACGCCGUGCCGUCGCUCUUCACCUUCAACCUCAACAUCAAGUCGGAGUCCCUCGAGGAUCCUUUCCCCUCAGUCAUCCACUUCCCUCUCUCUCUGCCUCUGACCUCUGACCUGGCGGUGGAGGAGGUGGUGGAGGAGGAGGAGGAGGAGGAGGAGGAGCCCGGGAGGAGCCUGCCUGACCCCAGGGGCGACACAGCGGCGGUCUCCUGCGACCACAACUAUACGGCAGAGGACUCCGCUCGGCAGAAGAAGCGCAUUGAGCAGCUGGAGGAGCAGCUGGGCAGUCUGAGGAAGAAGCUGAAGACGACGCAGCAGAAGUGCAGGCGGCAGGAGAGACAGCUAAAGAGGCUGAAGGCGGCGUGCGAGACGCCCAGGACCGUCCGCGAGCCAGCAGCAGCGUUCGGAGAGGGAUACGUGAUUUUACCCAAACACAUCUACCACACACUCAAAGGCAUCGAGUAAUCACAGAGAGGAGAAACCAGAGUGGUCAAAGUGAGCGGCAGGUGGAACUGCUGCAGGUUCGGUCUCAUCUGUCAGCAACCAGGCGGACUGUUGAAGAGGCAGCGAACCUCCGAGCUUGUUCGGGAACGCAAAAGUAGGAUGUGCAAAACUCCAGUCUGACUCGGUGGAUCCAACCUUACUUAUUAGUUUCUUUUCUGUCGGAGCUUCAGAGAAAUGACUUUGAGUCAACUCUCACAUCAAAUGAGUACUUUAGUGGGAGUUCGGUGCUCAAACGAUUUCCUGACCAACAGCCACGGGCUGUGACAGCCUGGAGACUCAGGGCAAUGAUAAGGAUUGCCCCGGGCAACUGAAAUGCCACUUUGGAUUAGAGGUGUAAGAAAAUAUUGUAAUAUUGUAUUGAUUCCCGAAAACACAUUAACGAUCUUUGUGUUUAAACCCCGAACUGCUAGAUAGCAGUGUUUGGAAAUGAAAUCACAGUAAUGAGUCUUAUGGUAACCAGCAGAGACGCUGCACUGUACUUUAGAGAUGGAUCAACUGUUCUACAGGACAAUACUUCCAGCGUGGAACUCCCAUAUUUGUGUUUGAGUAAGGCUUGAACAAACACACUGCAGCCGGCUUCUUAGUGAUGGUAGGUCAACUUAAGACGGAGCCAGGCUAGCUGUUUCCCCCUGCUUCCAGCCUUUAUGCUAAGCUAGGCUAAAUGUCCUGACUCCAGCUCUGUACUUGACAUUUAAAUGGAUCUGUUCUCUUCAGUCUGGGAAAGAAAGCAAACUGUUUCCCAAAAUGUUGACCUGGUUCUUCAGAGAUCCUGGUGUGGGGUUUUGGGAUUGGGCGUGUCACUUUUAGCCUAUAUUUUUCUUUAAAGGAAAAAAGUUACAAAAUCAUAACCAAGGGUUUGAAUUCUCUUUUGUUUUACAAAUGCUAAAUUUGUAAUUCUUCAUAUAAACAUGAUGCAAAAAAAAUUGUGUGUUUUCUACACGUGGAAUCAAACAGCUGCUAAUGUGCAAUAAACUUGAAUGACAUUGAA